AUGCGAGACAUUCGACUUUUGAGGCGCCUCAAAAACAAGCUGACGCGCGACAACAUUAAGGAGCCGAUGCGAGACAUUCGGCGCGCGCUGCUUGAGGCCGAUGUGAGUCUGCCGGUGGUGCGGCGGUUUGUGCGCGAGGUGACAGAGAAGGCGGUGGGGGUGGACGUGAUUCGCGGCGUGCGGCCGGACCAGCAGCUGGUCAAGGUGGUGAACGACGAGCUGGUGGCGCUCAUGGGGGGCAACGUGGCGGAGAUCGCGUACGCGCCUGCGGGGAAGGGCCCCACCGUGGUGCUCAUGGCGGGACUGCAGGGCGUCGGGAAGACCACUGCUUGUGGCAAGCUCGCGCUGUUCCUUAAAAAGAAGGGCAAGUCGUGCAUGAUGGUGGCAACAGACGUGUACCGCCCCGCCGCUAUCGAGCAGCUGCAGACACUGGGCGCGCAGGUGGGCGUGCCGGUGUAUGCAGAGGGCACGGACGCACGGCCGGUGGACAUUGCACGGCAGGGCGUGGCGGCCGCCAAGAAAGCGGGCGUGGAUGUGGUGAUUGUGGACACAGCUGGUCGCCUGCAGAUAGACCGCAGCAUGAUGGAGGAGCUGAGGGGCAUCAAGGCGGCUGUGAACCCCACGGAGGUGCUGCUAGUCGUCGAUGCCAUGACAGGCCAGGAGGCCGCCAGUCUGGUUGCCUCAUUCAACGCGGAGGUGAGCAUCACGGGCGCCAUCCUCACCAAGGUGGACGGCGACUCGCGUGGCGGCGCUGCCCUCAGCGUCAAGGAGGUGUCGGGGCGCCCGAUCAAGUUUGUGGGAGAGGGCGAGACGAUGAGCGCACUGGAGCCCUUCUACCCCGACCGCAUGGCCAGCCGCAUCCUCGGCAUGGGCGAUGUGCUCUCAUUCGUCGAGAAGGCGCAGGAGAUGAUGGACAAGGAGGACGAGGCGGAGCUGAGGAAGCGCAUCAUGGAGGCCAAGUUUGACUUCAACGACAUGCUCAAGCAGACGCGCAUGAUGGCGCGCAUGGGGUCCAUGGGGGGCAUGCUCAAGCUCAUCCCCGGCAUGAACAAGCUGACACCGCAGCAGGUGCGCGAGGCAGAGAAGAGCCUCAAGGUCAUGGAGUCCAUGAUCUCCUCCAUGACCGCCCAGGAGCGGGCGGACCCGGAGCUGCUUGCCAAGAGCCCGUCGCGCCGCCGCCGAAUCGCCAAAGGCUCGGGCAGAAGCCAGGAGCAGGUGAGUGCGCUGAUAUCGCAGCUGUUCCAGAUGCGGGUGCGCAUGAAGGCCGUGGCCGACAUGGUGUCUGGCAAGGCCAUGCCCUCCAUUCCCGGCCUCGACACAUCCGGUGCCAAGAAGGCCAGUUCCGGCAAGGCAAAGCGGAAGAAGAGCCGAGCAGGCUUCUCGCAGCAGCUAGGGGACAAUACGGCAGUGGCUGCUGGAGCAAGAGGAUUCGGGGGGAGUGAGAAGGCGGAGAGCGCGGAGCUGGCGGGCAUCCUGGCGCGCGUUUACGAGGAGAUGGCGGAAGCCACCCGCGCGCAGGCGGACGGGCGCGCGUCGGUCCUGCGGAGCAUGGGGCGCGAGGGCGACGGGGAGAGCGCAGCGGGCGAGCAGCUUCUGCUGGAGCUGCUGCAGGCGGAGGAGCAGCGGCGCAUGCGCGCGCCGGGGGACGCGGAGGAGGCCGAGGAGGAGGAGGCGGGCGACGCGGACGGGCCUUCCGACGAGGACGCCGCGUUCUGCGCGACGUACGAUUGUCCCACGGGGUGGAGCAAGUGCGACGACGGCGUGCAGUGUUACGAGGAGAGUCGCUCGUGCGACGGCACGCGCGACUGUAACGAUGGUAGCAACGAGGUGGGUUGCGACGCUGAUACGGGUGGCACGACCCCUGUAACGGGAACGCCUCAAACGGGAACACCUGGUACGGGAACGGCUGAUACGGGAACGGCUGAUUCGGGAACGGCUGAUUCGGGAACGACUGAUUCGGGAACGACUGUUUCGGGGACGGCUGAUACGGGAACCUCUGAUACUGGAACGACUGAUACGGGAACGACUGAUACAGGAACAAACGAUACGGGAACAGCUGAUACAGGAACGACUGAUACGGGAAUGACUGAUACAGGAACAGACGAUACGGGAACAGAUGAUACGGGAACGUCUGAUACAGGAACAGAUGACACAACAGCACCAGGUGAUGAAACUGGAACUGGCGAAGGAACAUCAACGGACGGAAGCGUUCCGGCAGAUGAAACUCCUCCUGGAGAUGGAACCGAAAAUACAGGAGAUGUAACUCCACCCCCGCCAGCUGACGUGGACAAUCCAGGUGGAGAUGAAACCUCUGAUGGUACUCCACCAGGUGAUUCUUCAGGGUCGGGGGAAGGUUCACAGGAACCUUCGGAAGGAGGAGCAGGGGAAGGUGGAGGAGGGAGUGAGGGGGGAAGUGGAGAGGUGGGGGGAAGCGGAGAGGUGGGGGGAAGCGGAGAUGUGGGGGGAAGCGGAGAGGGGGGAGGAAGCGGGGAGGAUGGGGGGAGCGGAGGGGAGGGGGGAAGUGGAGAGGAAGGGGGUGAGGGGGGAGGGGGGAGCGGAGAAGGGGAGGGAAAUGACACAGAAGAUGGCGGUGAUGGGGAGGGGGAGGACGGCUCAGAGGAUGGCGAUUCAGGUGAAUCUGAAGAAGAACCUGAGACGCCACCUCCUCCACCUCCACCUGAGAAGCAGCUUUCUCCCCUGGAGCAGAAAAAGAGGGAGUAUCAAAAGGCUGCACAGGCAGCAGAGGCUGCUAAGGCCGAUGCUGAAAAGGCCAAUGCGAUUGCUCAGCAGAGGGAGAAAGACGCAGACACAGCUCAAGCCCGGGCAGAUAAAAAAGCGAGAGAUGCCAAGAGUUCUAGGGGCGGGGCGAGCGGAAAAAAGAGGCGGGAGGAGGCAGAUGCUGCGAGGGUUAAAGCGGACCAGGCGAGAGAGGAGGCAGAUGGGAAAGAGGAAGCAGCUGGGGAGGCUGCUAAUGCAGUGGAGGAGAAGAGGCAAGAGCUUGUCGACGAAGCAGAGAGGAGCAAACCGGAGCUAGAGGCGAAGAAGCGGCAAGGAACGGCUCGAAAGAACGCGGCUCGAGCCGAGCGCGAUGCGGCUAAGGAGAAGAAGAGGACGUUCAGAGAGAGGGUGGCUGCUGCCCGGCUAGCCCAGAUGGCUGAAAAGGCCAGUGCUGCCGCUGCUGCCGCGGCAGAGAAGCAAGCGGCUGCGGAUAAGGCAAUGGAGGAUAAGCAACAGGCGGAUGCUGAGGUGGAUCGGCUGGUUUUAGCUAAGAGUCAGGCGGAGGAUGCGGCGAGGGAGGCUGGGGAAGCGCAGGCUGCGGCGGAGGCGGCGGCACGGGAGGCGGUGGACGCGGGUGAUGAGGGGUUGAGUGCGGUGAAGUGGGCGGAAGCGGCGGAUGCACUGGGGUUGAAAUGGGUGAAGCAGGCGGAGGUGCAGCAAGUGAAGAGGGAGUUGGUUGCGGCUAAGGCGGCGGCUAAGCUAGCUGCCAAGGAGGCUACAGUGAGGCAGCAGGCGGCUGCUCGGGCAGCGAGUGAGGCGCAGAAAGUGGGCGGCAAAGUGGGCGGGGGCGGUGUGGGUGGCACUGGUGGUGAUGCUGGCGGUGAUAGUGGUGGUGAUGGUGGCGGUGAUAAUGGGUCUACUGAUCCAGCAGGUGACACAAACGAGGGUGGGUCUAGUGACACAAGUAGUGGUACCACUGCAGGAUUAACAAAAAAAAGUGUUCCAUUAUCUGACGAUGGGGUAGGUGUAGGGGAUACAGUGGCCUUUACUGAUGGUGUUGCUGGGUAUGGUGAUGGCAACAAGAACGGUAACACAAGAAACAGGAAGGUGAAUGUGGGGGGCUGA